ACGCGUAGCAACGUGCCGAUGUGGUACCAAGGUACCAAGGCAGUAACGAACGGACGUGGGGCGGCUCGUUUGCGCGCAAGGUGCUAAAGAUUAAACCCCGUCAUCGCGAACGCGGAACGGAAUGCCUGGGAUGGCGAGCGCGACCGGCCUCCUGUCCGCGCGAAUUCGACCAAUUCGCAGACCGAAGCCCAAGAGCGUGGAAUUAUCGGGUUGUACCCGAGCAGCACCGUUCGCCCUUCGACCGUUCGCCGGCCUCUUUAAUCCUUAUCCUUACGGCUGCUCGGUGCUGUGCAACCAUCCGGCGGAUUGCGAGGCGAAGGAGGUGGUUCGACGCGCUAAGGACACAUGGGUAAAAAAGUUUCAUCCGCCGUACAUAGAAAAGACGGAUGUGACGCUGUACAAGAUAUAUGUCAAAAGUUACGUGAACAAGAGCUACCAGCCUAACAAGACCUUAAAUGGGAAUAAAGUCCCAGUAGUAAUACGAGACUCCAAUGUCUCAUCCACUUUGUACCUUAAUGCAGAGUAA